GGAUCUAACGCCGAGUUCCACACCGCCGAAUCGUGCAUGUUUUUUCCUCGAAAGCAGGACAUGAACAGACAGCUGAUUGCCAUCAUGGUAGUGCUGGUGGCGAUGUACUUCAUCUGCAUGCUUCCGUACAACGCGAUCGUGUUUCUGUUCGUCACGUUUCCGGAGAUGCUGGUCGACGUCGACUACGACGUAUUCUACUGCGUUCUUACGGCCGCUCGCAUCCUGUUCUUCAUCAACUCCUGUGCGAACCCGGUGAUCUACAACGUCUUCUCCAGCAACUUUCGAGCCGCCUUUCGACGAGUGUUCACCGGGGACACGUCUGGCAUGCGUCUGACCUCAAGAGACGCCACCAUCGUCGUUAGAAUCAACAGAUCCGACGAUUCGGAUUCGGCCAACAACGCCGUCAGCAUCAGACGGAUCUCCAACACGUGUUCCAAUCAUUCGCUGAGAGUCAACCUAUUGCGAUGA